AUGUUUUACUACCCAACAGUUUUGAAGCGACAUUCGGGAUGUUUUUUCAUACUCUGGUUGGUUGGAACCAAAGGCAUCAAAGUUCCUCGCAGGGAUUUCCUGAAAGUCAAUGUCUCAAACACUUGUGAUCAACUGAUGGAGUACUUGCUGGGGCGGGUGCCGUCCCCCUGCCCGGCUCUGCCACGGCCUUGUUUCUUCCUCUACCUCUCCACCCAGCUCCAGUAUGGCCUCGUCACCGUCUACCACCGCCAGUGUGUUAUUUUCCUGGAGGAACUUCAGUUCUUUCUGGGCAAGCUUUCAAAAGAUGUGCUCCUGCCAGAUCCUCUGUCUCUACUGAAGGAGGCUGAUGGAGUCCUGGAUCCUUUGUUUGGGGUGUUGCAUUUUCCUGAUGCCAUGCCCAGUCCAACUGAAUUCAUAAAGAUGAGUCAGGAGUUUCUGAGGAAAGCCUCUCCUGAGCUUCAUGAACUUGCCAGGUCAACUUCUUCAGAGGCUGCUGAGCUGAAAACUGGUACUACUGCAUCUCCAGAGUCCAUCACUCUGAGAGAGACGGAGCCCCUUUCUGUUCCCGCUGCAGAGUUCGAAGGUGAGGAGCUUAUUGAUCAACAUGGGGAAAUGAUUGACUUCCUCAUGGCUCAAGCUGAUCCCUUUCCAGCAGAAGCCUUGGAGCCGCCGAGAGGAGAGCAGGGAAUAGAGCUGUUCAAGGAAGCUGGGGACCAGGAAGAAUCAGGAUCCAGCAUCGAGCUGCAGCUGACGAUGGUCUCCAGUGAAGACUCCACGUUGUUGCCUCAGGAAGAGCCCACCUGCCCAAAUGACCAGAACUCCCAGAGACCAGCGUGUCCUCCCCUCACCGCCCCCCACAGCGAGGGAACAUCAAAGAAGUCUGAGUGGCUUCGAGACAUCUGGCCGGAGGUGAGGGUGAAAAAACCGAAGAGGAGGAGGCAACUGAUCUUCUUCGACCCGGAGACGCAGCGGUCACCGGAGGAGCAGCGGAUCCUAGACCCCUUAUUGCCGAGAGAGAUUGAGUUGUUAUGGAGAAAGGCUGCGACCAUAGUGCAGAUCUCAGGAUCCAACCUUCAGGUCGGCGAGAGAGACCCCGAGUCUAUGGACUCUGAGAGGGACGGCGAGGCGGCAGAAACAGAGGAGCACACACUUGAGCUGAGCUCUAAAGAGAUCGAGAGAGGAACGGGGGAACAAAAAGGGUUUGAAACUUCAGCUCCGAGUACAUUACCACUGGACCUGUCGGACCCAACGGAACUGUCCCAAGAGACCCCCUGUGUGUCCCUGCCCGGGAGUGGAGAGUCUGUCUCCCCACCGCCGGACAUGGGAGGGGUGGAGGCCGAGCUGCCUCCGAGUCUCCUGGACCGUGUAUCAGCGGGGAGGUUUCAUGCGGAGCAGGAAGAGCCUUACGGGGAAAUCUGGAUAUUUCCUGGACCCAACUAUGGAGAAUUGUUUCCGAAUUUGUAA